GCACCGGCAGCGCCUGCAAAGCAGAGCGAAGAGCCGAGGAUUGUGGCCGAGCCAGGCUCUGUCGCAGAGGUCGUUACAAGCUCGAGUGCCCGUGGCUCCAAGCGCCCCCAUCCGGUCACUCCAGCCGCCACGCCGACCAAGCCAAACAAGCCCGACUCCGGGAAACCUGCCCCUUCCAAGGACGGUGCAACUCAGGCCGAGUCUGAUGACGAUGAGACCCCCAAGGUCCUGAACUUCGCGCAGAUGUCGAAGUUAGAGAAGGAGAAGGUGCGGAGGAUUGUGUCGCCCAAAAAGGCGACAGGGAACCUUGAGGUUCCUGAGAACAUCUUCGAGAUGUGGAAGGACGCCGGGGCCGUGUUCAUGGAAUCCCUUGAAAUCAUCAGCCGAACGACACGAAGCAAAAAGCUGGAAGUGAAGGGCGGAUUCUACAGUAAGGAGGACAUGAAGACCGAGCUAGGCUACUCCCAGUCCCGCGUCGACAAAAUCGUCGCCUGGGCAGAGAAGAAGCGCUUGGCUGCUUCCCAGAUGAAGGAGUACAUGAAAAGUCUGCUCAAGGCCAAGAACUCCUUGGAGGCUUUUGCGGACAAGAUCCGGGCUUCCGUGGCUGGGGAUGCUAAGGCGGAACAGACAAUCAAGAAAAUCGAUGGAAUGAUCAAGGAGCAUGAAACCUUGUACUAUGAGAUGGCCGAAGCCAAAGCGGAAGGGGCCCCUGCGAAAGAUCUCAUCAUGGAUGCCCGGGCUGCCAUCAAGAAGGACGCCUGCGAGGUGCUGGCGAAGAUUGCAAAGGUGCAGCCGUCUAGUGCCGAUGCACCCCUUUAUGAAAUCUUGUCCAAGAACGGGCUGAAUUUGCCGCUUGACUUUAGCUGGACGCAGGCUGGCAAUACCUUUAGAUACCCCUAUCUGAAACCCAAGACCCAGCUGGAAACUUUGAGUCACCACGGCUACUUUCAUCGGGUGCUAGGGGUGCCUGUUCACUUGGCGUCUGAAGCACUGGAGCAGUUCUGGCAGAAGUUCAAAGCCCUGCACCCAAACCAUGAUAUAUUCGAGAACUCCGAGCACCGGGACUUUCAGAAGCUCAUCCCUUACUACUUGCAUGGUGAUGGGGGGAGGGGCUACAAGAAGGAUCCUAUCGAGAUAUUGUCCAUGUUUCCAGCACUUGGUAGUGGGUCGAGGAAAAGACCUGUGGACUUAAGUUUCAAGCGAAAAUCAACGGAUGAACUCGAGCUGGGCAUCAAUCUGCAAGGCAACUCGGGUGCCACACGGUUCUUGUUUUCUGUUUUGAGCAGCUUGGUGGCUAAGAAGGAUGGCAAUAUUUUCGAUGACCUCCUUGAAGUUUGGAGUCAAGAACUAAAGUUGCUACUUGAUGAGGGCUUUCAGGCUGCAGGGAGCACAUGGCGCGUCGUGAUUUUGGGAUUCACUGGGGAUUCACCUUUUGUCAAGAAGGUUUCCAAAGCGACCCGUUCCUUCCACAAUGUUCGUAAGACACAUUCUUCGAAGGGCGUACAGAAGGGCUGCUGCUGGCUUUGCAAUGCUGGCUACGAAUCACCGGAGGAUGGAGUUCACAUUCCCUUCGAGCACAUAGGCUUCACGCAGCCCCAAUGGUUGCAAACCUGUGGAUUGCGUAACCCGUUGCCGUGGGAUGGCAAUGGCGGUGCAUUGCAGCAGCAUGCCCUGCUGGACAGGGCCGAUACCCCUGCAGCCUUUUAUUGUACAGAUUUUUUUCACGUGUGGCAUGCUGGAGUUGGCCUUGACUUCACUUCGAGUGCAUUGAUCUAUUCCAUGAAGGUGGUGUUUGGACUUGGGGGUGUGCAGCGGGAUCUCAAGGCCUUGAAUGAAUGUUUGAAAGAAUGGAGCAAAAGAACGAAGAAGCAGCUUUACUGUGGGCGUCUUACAGAGGACCUUUUGGGGUACAAUGGUACACGGGAGUACCCUGAAGGGAGAUGGAGCAAAAACAUGGAUACAGCUACGAUCAUGAAAUUCCUUGUUUACUUCUUGGAGCGCCCUGAAUCCCAGGAGAAACUUCAAGCUGAUGACAUCAUGCGUGACAUUUUGGUGGCUGCAAAAGAUAUGGGCCACGUCAUAACAACAUCCCUCAAAGCAGAGUAUUUCAUGUCGGGCGAGCAUACCCGCUUGUCGUCGAGUAUGGGCACAGAUUCCUUAUGGGAUAUGGGGGUCUUGUGA